CAACUCACCACAACAAAUAUUUAACACGACUGUGGCGACCUCUCUAAAACUCUAAUUAAAAAAAAUCAAAUUACCGCAUUAAAAUCAAUAAAAACGUAACAGGGAUGUUUGCGUAAACCGUUUAUUACUCUUUUAAUAACAAAGAGUAAUUAAAAGUGCGCGGGCGUGUUGGAAAUUCCGCUCUCCCAAACACCUGUUGGUAACUUCACUUUUACAGGGUUGGUGCAACUUGACACUCAACCACGUGCUAACCUAGAAAAUGGUUGAAGUAAACAACACGGAGGCAGAAUGUUCAAAAAAACAGAAAAAGCCACCCAAACGGGGCAUAGUGUACUUGUCGACGAUCCCGCCGUACAUGAAUGUGACGAAGAUUCGUGAGGUGUUCGGUCAGUUUGGGAAAAUCGGUCGGGUUUACCUCCAACUUGCAGAGACAGAGGGUAAAAAUGAGAAGAAGUCGAAGAGGAAAGUGGCGCGGAAAUUCACGGAGGGCUGGGUGGAAUUUGAGCGCAAGUCGGUUGCAAAAAGGGUGGCCCAAUUGUUAAAUAAUACUCAAGUCAGUACACGCAAAAAAUCCAAACAGUUUGACUGUAUCUGGAGCAUUAAGUAUUUGUCAAAUUUCAAAUGGACGCACUUGCAUGAAAGACUGGCCUAUGAGAAAGCCGCUAGGAGGCAGAAACUGAGGGCUGAAAUACAGUUGGCCAAGAAGAAAACCAACUUCUUCACCGCCAAUUUGGAUAAGAAGAAGAAAGGGAAAGACGUGGUUAAUAAAGAGUUGGAAAAUAUUGAGACCAAUGGGGAGACUCCGAUGGAUGAGGAGAGUCAAGAGGAUAGGACAGAAUUUUUACAAUCGUUAUUUUCGUGAUAAUUUAUUAAGUUUUGUAAUUUAUAAAAUAAAACAUUUCUAUUGCUAAA